AAACCGACCAGCAGAGGCACUCAUCAGUACGUGCAGUCUCUCACACGGACAUCAUGCUAUGUGUCCACAGAUUGGGCAGUGGAUGCACGAGUGAUCUUGACGUCAAACAAAGGCCUGAAGCCAACAACACGCACUUAACACAUGUCGGGGACGUUCAGCCACCUCAGUCGUCUGCUCACUUGUCUGUGGCCGAUGUCUUGACGUUGCCCAUCUUCUGCACACACAAAGAAAGGGCCGUCCUCCGCGCCCUGGACUUACGCUAUGGCUUACUUACCUGGACGACGCUCAUGCCCUUGCACACGCGCCCAAAGAUGGAGUGCUUGCCUACCAGGCAGCAACCCAACGCACACACGAAUGCAGGAAUGCCGCUGCAGUCAGCCUCGGUGCGCGUGUGUAUACCGUCAAGGAAGGGGCAUGGCGCCAGGGUGAUGAAGAACUGACUCUUGUUGGUGUUCGGACCUGAAUUGGCCAUCGACACAAUGCCCUGCACACACAUACACCGAUGACCGACAGCUCCUCACGGUGCUGGCAUGCUCACCGCCCCUGUGUGCCUCAGCUGUGGGUGGAUUUCGUCUUCGAAAGCGCCGCCAUAGAUUGACUCCCCUCCCCUCCCCGUCCCAGUGGGAUCACCACCCUGGAUCAUGAAAUCCUGACCAGCGCAACACGCAGCCAGAUACACCAGACCCCUUCACAUACAGCUGUGUGGCUGCCUCACCCUGAUGAUUCGAUGGAAGAUGGUGUUGUCAUAGUAGCCCCUCGACGCCAGGCCAGCAAAGUUGGCGCACGUCCGUGGCGCAUGCUUCCAGUACAGCUCUAUCUCGAUGUCACCCUGAACAGAGAGGUAAUCAAGCACCAGCGAGAAUCAAACAGUUGCCGAGUGCUUUGUUGAUACACUUGCUGGUGCGUUUCCUUCCUUACGUCAUCAUGGCACCUACCAUGCUUGUGACGAGCAGCACAUUCCCGCUGCCUUCCUCUUGUUCCAUCGAAUCAAUGAUCUUCCGCCAAACACACAGAUCAAUGCAAUACGGACAAGGACCUCUGCAGGCACACCUUUGUCACGUGGUUUCCUUUUUUU